GCAUACGACAGGUUAGUGAAUCCUCCAAGAAUCCCUUGUGAAUUAUAGCGACCCUUGACCACAUUUGAACUUACAAGAGCGGACCGUGACCACCACCCGGAGAGAUGAGCACAAUUCCUGGGACAAUCCGCAGGAGCCGGUCGCUUGACAAACUUUGAGGUUAAUUGGUGAAAAAUGCCGGAGGAGGAAAGACGGGAGAGGUUAGCCAAAGUCAUCAGACAGUGGAACAACAACAGACUGGACCUGUUUAAAAUAAGCGAACCAGAUGAGAACCUGGAUUUUCACGGCGUGAUGCGCUUCUACUUUGAGGAUCACGUCGGGGGAAGCGUGGCCACGAAGUGUCUGCGUGUUUGCAGCAACUCGUCAACUCUCGACGUCAUCGACGUUCUCUCGGAGAAAUUCAGGCCUGAUAUGAAAAUGCUGACGACCAGCUACUCCCUGUACGAAGUCGACGCCAAGAAGGAACGCAAACUGGAGCAGGAAGAGAGGCCUUUGAUCGUACAACUCAACUGGAACUCGGACCAAAAGGAAGAACGCUUCGUACUGAAGAGAGACAAGGAGAGUUUCCAGGAAAACGGCCAGGAGAAGGAGAGAGAAGGCAUGAUCCAAAAGUUCAAGAGGACACUGUCGAGAAAAGAAAAGAAGAGCAUAAUUAAAGCCCACAGGAUUUCAGACGAUGAGGAUUGGUCAACUGAGAAGCCACGGAGCCUGUGUGUGUCUAACCGUGACACAGAAGAUUGCACUGAAGACAAAAAGCAUCAGUGGCAGAGCGCCCCGGGAGUGAGGCUCUCAGGAAGUCUUCAUCAGGACUUUCCAGAUCAACCUGGAUUACCAUUUGGGAUCGAAUUCAGUGACAACUCCGAGGACGCCUUCCUGUCUGCGGUCAUCAAUUACGCCAACAGCUCCACGGUUCAUUUCAAGCUCUCGCCCGCGUACAUCCUCUAUGCUGCGGGACACUUUGCUCUGCGGUGCCAACGUUACAGGCGAGGCUCGACGCCCUCUGGACAAAAGCACAGUGUAAAAUCCAUCACUAAUAAAAUGGUGGCCAUGACAGAGAAGGUCAUACAGAGGCAGGAGAGCAUCGCGGGGGCUCUCGCCUUCUGGAUGGCCAACGCCUCCGAGCUGCUGAAUUUCUUCAAGCACGACAGAGACCUCCGCCUGCUCACACAGCAAAGUCAGCUGGAUCUCCCCCACCUGGUGCACAAAGCUUACAGGUUCCUGCUGCAGUGUCUACAGAAUGAGUUAGCAAAGCAUUUGCCAACUUUUUUGAUUGAUCCUGAGCAACACGGUCCCCUGCCGGCUGGCAUAGAGUUGGUGCUGAACACCUUAAUGAACACCAUGUCUAUGUUAAGCCGCCAUCGGGUCAACCCCGCCCUCACCAUCCAGCUCUUCUCCCGGCUCUUCCAUUUCAUUAGUAUCUGGCUCUUCAACCAGCUCAUGAGCCCCGAGGCCGACGCCCCGGGCCUGCGCUCCCACUACUGGGGAGCGGCUCUCCGUCAGAGGCUUACCGCCAUCGAGGCCUGGGCGGAGAGGCACGGCCUGGAGCUGGCCGCCGACGUGCACCUUGGACACAUCAUCCAGGCAACCACACUCCUGACCAUGAAUAAGUACUCGAUGCAAGACCUGAAGGACAUCCAGAAUACCUGCUUCAAGCUGAACUCGGUGCAGCUGAAGAUGUUGCUCACUGGCUACUUCUAUGCAAACACUGAGCCCCACAUCCCCCUUGAUUUGAUCGAUGCUGUUGUGACGGCCGUCGAGGCCUCAGCAGACAACCGGAUUCGGAGCGAAGGACGGGACAUCCAGCUGGAGGAGAGCCUCGACCUCUGCCUGCCCUUCCUGGUGCCAGAGGGCGGAUACUCCUGUGACAUCGUGAGAGGAAUCCCUCCUGGGCUUCGGGAGUUUUUGGAGCCAAUUUGCCAAAAGGGUCUCUGCUCUUUAACAUCCGAGUCAAAUUCCAAAGGUGACUGGACCAUAUAUUUCCAUGAAGAUACACUCCCUGCAGAAAGAACAUACUUGGCAGCACACACAGAGCCAGAGAUUGUGACCAUCACACUUAGGAAACCUCUCAACAGUGGGAUGGGGCUCAGCAUCGUUGCCGCCAAGGGAGCAGAGCAAGGUAACCUUGGGAUUUAUAUCAAAUCCGUUGUCAAGGGAGGACCAGCUGAAAUGAAUGGCAUGUUAAAAUCUGGGGACCAGCUGCUCAGUGUGGAUGGUCAAAGCCUGGUUGGCCUCAGCCAAGAAAGGGCAGCGGCUAUCAUUGGGCAAACCGGCCCAGUUGUGACCUUGAAGGUUGAAAAGUUUGGAGCUAGCUACCACGGCCUGGGGGCUCUGCUGGGUGAACCAGCUCCAGAAAGGAUUACAGGUGAAAAGAGCUUUCCAAAGCCAAACGGUGAAGCCUUCGAGCUGUACAGUGCUGUGGAAGCGGGUCCGUCCCAACAGCUCCAUGAAAGAAGCAGCAGCAGGUGGAACAAAGAGCAGAUAAUGCAGAGGAACAGGCAGCUUUACCGCUCCGACCCCAACAUGACCACAGACCGUUGCCUGCGAGAUGAACCUGCUGACCCUGUUGUGAGAGGGAACAAGAUCGCCGCUGAUUCCAGUAUCAACAUCUGCACCGAUACAUUUCACAGGGACUACUCUACACUUCCAAACCCUAAAUCACAGGGCAAGAACAUUUCUGAAUCCAGUCGACCGCAGCAAACAUUUGAGUCUUUGAGGCCUUUGGAUGGAAAGAGCUCCAGUAAGAAGAUCUACGUGCGUCAAGCACUCUCACAGGAAAACUUGUGUGGGGACAGUGGAGGCCCCCUGCUGGACAAAAGGCGGAGCACAUGUGAGCAGCAGGGCGGCAGUGCAAAACAAAGACCGAGCCACUAUUCAUCUUUCCCAAUUCGCUCCUGCGUCUCUAGUCAUGACAUCCUCUCCGAUAACAGUUCUCCCGCACGUGGCGCUGGUGUCUGGAGACUCCCUUUUUCACAACAUUCAACAUCUACGACCUCAGUUCAGCCCAAACGUAUUGACGUCCCCUUGACCAGAGCAGCCAACACACAGCCCAAUCCUCCACUCGUCACCUUCCAGAGACCGUCUCUGUUGUCAAUGAACCAGGCGAACAAUAUUUACGCAUGCCCCAUUCCUGCAACCGAGAAACUCCCUCAGCUCUCACUCUCGUCGCAGCAGCACAGAUCCAGCAUGUUCAGGGGUCAAGCAGUGAAACUCCAAGUAAACGGCACUCCUAAGAAACACGUUUCCUUCCAAGAGCCUCCCACUCAACAGGAGCAAGGCACAGCUCAGCCGUCUGAGCCGCGGAGGAGGGAAACGCAGGAGAAGCUGGAGGAGAAGCAGCAGAGGCUCCCGGCGCUGGAGCUCCUGAAGCACACGGUGCAGGAGCUUCAGGCCAAAGUGACGCGCUCGGCCGAGGAGAACGAGCGACUCCACAAACUCAGACUGGAGUGGCAGUUUCAGAGGAGGCUGCAGGAGAUUCAGCAGAGAAAUGACGACGAGGACGAGCAUGAGGACUUUGACAGGAUGGUGACGAUACAGCAGCAGGACACAAGUGCACAGAGCUCUGGAGGAAAUAUCAACGGCAAAUUGAAAGAGCUGGAAAAGCUGACAGGAAACCCCGUCUCCCAAAAGGAAGACAGGAUCAACAUAGCACAAAGACGGACUGGACUGACUGAAAAUGUUCAUAAUGUGGCAACAAAGCAAAACCGGGAGGAGAAAAUCCAGAGCAUGGCAGCUCCUGAAAAGCUUACGUUCAGGGAGCGUCAGCGUCUCUUUUUGUCCAGUGCAUAAAUCAUGGUUAAAACCGUGUAAAAGGAAAACUCAAGAAGAAGAGCAUGUUAAUAUGAAGAAAAUAAUAAAAUGCUGGAUAAAAAUGAAAGUAUACGGUAUAAUUUUAAAGGUAGUUCUGUAUGUAUAAACUGUAGAAGUGUUUCUCUUUAGGUAGAUACUCUGGGUACAGCAAUUCACAUCCAGGCCUUUGAGUUUAUUGAUAAGACACCUGUUUUAAAUUGUUCCUGUUCAUAGAAAAUAAAGUAUAAGUUUAUCUGUA